CCCUGGGGGGUGGGGGUGGGUACUCAGCACAUCCUGCUGUCCCUCUGGGCUUGGGAGGGUCCCAGCCACGAAGGUAGCUGAGUCUGGGCUCACCCACUGGACAGUACCCAGAGGCCGCUGGCUAGACAGUGGCCUCCUGGGCCAGAGAGGGCCCUGGGGACAGGACUGAGGGCUAGGCUGCAGAGGGUCCUGCACGCCCUGCUCCUGGCCUCUCCUCCACCUCUCACUCCCUGUGAGAAAUGUCCUCCCACCCCCACCCCUUUGCUGGCCCAGACUCCCCAGGAAUGCAGAUCCGAGUGCCCUGCCUUUGCUUGGUGCCCCUAAAGACUUGGAUUCAAUCCCUGGGUUGAGAAGAUCCCUUAGAGGAGGGCACAACAACCCACUCCAGUAUUCUUGCCUGGAGAAUCCCAUGGACAGAGGAGCCUGGUGGGCUACAGUCCAGAGGGUCACAAACAGACACGACUGAGUGACUAACACACAGAGGAGCCUGGCGGCCCGCUACAGCCACAGGGAGCACUGGGUGGAGGUCGGAGGUGGAGGAGGGAGGGCUGCUCAGGGAGGUUCAGGCCCUCAGGUGCAGCCCAGGAACUUUGGAUUCCAAUCUAAUGGAGCUGUGGCAGGUAUUUCAGCAGCCAGGGGUCAGCUGUGCUCAGGGGUCUGGGCUGGCUGUGUACUGCAGGGUGAGUGGGAGGGGCCCAGUCAAUAGGCAGCUAGAGGGUCCAGGGAUAACUCAGUGGGAGAGGAAGACACCACGGGACAAAGAGCCAAUGUCAGAGCAGCCCAGGGGGCUGAGGAAGGCAUAGCUGGGACGACCCUAGGGGAGGGAUGACCCUGGGGGAGGCACUACCGCGGGGGAGGGUCUUGUAGGCCAAAUGUUGUGGGUAGCAUCAUGGGCCCCAGCAGAUGCCCAGCACCACGACCAUCCACGGGAGGAAGGAGACCAUCUGGGGCUCUGGGUCAGCGCCCGCCACGUGCUUUCCAGGUUCCCACACUUCUGUCUUCUGUACCCCCUGCCUGCGGCCUUGGAAGAAACCCACUGGGCCAGCAGGGGCAGUGCCAGCCUAGUUCUGUGUCUGCCACGCACCCAUAUGGUUUCGCUCUCCCUCCACCCUCCCCCGCCCUGUCCUUAUCUUUCCCUCGUCUCCAUGGCGACUCACCACCUCGCUCGCCUGCAUCCCAGCCUCUGCCAGGGAUUCUGGGCUCAGCUCGUCUCAUCCCUCCCUCCUCCGGAGCCCUGGUUCCCGCAGUCCUGUCUCCUCCCCCUGGGCCCCACCAGCGCUUCCAGAAGAAGAGCCAUCCUCAGCACCGGCAAGGUCUCUCGGGCCUGUUCUCUGCUCUGGGACUCUUGCCCCCGCCAGCCUCCCAUGCCGAGGUCCGCCUUGUCAGUCAUUUCCUUUUGUCACCGGCUUGGCAAACAGGAGAGAAAACGGAGCUUCAUGGGGAACAGCAGCAACAGUUGGUCCCAUACGCCGUUCCCCAAGCUGGAGCUGGGGCUGGGGUCCCGGCCCACGGCGCCCCGCGAGCCGCCCGCCUGCUCCAUCUGCCUGGAGAGGCCGCGUGAGCCCAUCUCGCUGGACUGUGGCCACGACUUCUGCCCGCGGUGCUUCAGCACCCACCGCGUGCCUGGCUGCGGGCCGCCCUGCUGCCCCGAGUGCCGCAAGACCUGCAAGCGGAGGAAGGGCCUGCGGGGCCUGGGGGAGAGGAUGAGGCUCCUGCCGCAGAGGCCGCUGCCCGCCGCCGCGCUGCAGGAUACCUGCGCUGUGCGGGCUGAGCCGCUGCUGCUUGUGCGGAUCAACGCCUCGGGGGGCCUCAUCCUGCGAAUGGGCGCCAUCAACCGCUGCCUGAAGCACCCGCUGGCCAGGGACACCCCCGUCUGCCUCCUCGCCGUCCUGGGGGGGCCACACUCAGGGAAGACCUUCCUCCUCAACCACCUGCUCCAGGGCCUGCCUGGCCUGGCGUCCGGCGAGGGCAGCUGGCCGAGGGGCGCGGGCUCCGGGCAGGGAUUCCGGUGGGGAGCCAACGGCCUCUCUAGGGGCAUCUGGAUGUGGAGCCACCCCUUCCUGCUGGGGAAGGAGGGGAGGAAGGUGGCCGUGUUCCUGGUGGACACGGGGGACGUCAUGAGCCCGGAGCUGAGCAGGGAAACAAGGACCCGGCUGUGCGCCCUCACCUCCAUGCUGAGCUCCUACCAGAUCCUCACGGCCUCUCAGGAGCUGAAGGACACAGACCUGGAGCACCUGGAGACGUUUGUCCACGUGGCUGAGGUGAUGGGCAGACACUAUGGCAUGGUGCCAAUCCAGCACCUGGACCUCUUAGUUCGUGACUCCUCCCACCCCAGCAAGGCUUGGCAGGGUCACGUGGGCGAUGUCAUCCAGAAAUCGUCCGGCAAGUACCCCAAGGUCCAGGGGCUGCUCCAAGGGAGGAGAGCCCGCUGCUACCUCCUGCCGGCUCCUGGACGGCGGUGGGCAAGCCGAGGCCAUGGAAGCUCAGGCGACACAGAUGACGAUGCCGGCCGCCUGCGCGCCUACGUGGCUGACGUGCUGAGUGCAGCCCCCCAGCAUGCCAAGAGCCGCUGCCCAGGCUACUGGAGCGAGGGGCGCCCCGCAGCCCGGGGGGAUCGACGCCUGCUCACGGGGCAGCAGCUGGCUCAGGAGGUCAAGAACCUCUCGGGCUGGAUGGGCAGGACAGGGCCCAGCUGUGCCUCCCCGGACGAGAUGGCCGCCCAGCUGCAUGACCUGCGGACGGUGGAAGCUGCCAAGAAGGAGUUUGAGGAGUACGUGCGGCAGCAGGACGCAGCCACCAAGCGCAUAUUCUCUGCGCUCCGGGUACUGCCGGACACCAUGCGGAACCUCCUGUCAGCCCAGAAGGACACGCUGCUGGCCCGGCACGGGGCAACCUUGCUGUGCACUGGGAGGGAGCAGACUUUAGAGGCCCUGGAGGCCGAGCUGCAGGCCGAGGCCAAGGCCUUCAUGGACUCCUACACCGUGCGCUUCUGUGGCCACCUGGCUGCCGUUGGCGGUGCAGUGGGCGCGGGGCUCAUGGGCCUGGCAGGGGGCGUGGUGGGCGCAGGCAUGGCCGCAGCGGCGCUGGCCGCAGAGGCCGGGAUGGUGGCUGCGGGAGCCGCGGUGGGGGCCACGGGGGCGGCCGUGGUCGGGGGAGGUGUGGGUGCCGGGCUGGCGGCCACGGUGGGCUGCAUGGAGAAGGAGGAAGACGAGAGGGUGCAGGAGGGGGACCGGGAGCCCCUGCUGCAGGAGGAGUGACCCCCCGCCUGGAUGCUCCAGGGCUGGAUGCUGGGGGGAGGGGAGGAUGUGGGAGAGGGCUGGGGGUGCUGAUCCGAGGGCCCCCGUGUACCACACUAUCCUGGGUGAACGGCCCAUCUGGGUGGUGACAGAAUCGCAGUCACCAAGAAAGCGAGAGGGCCUAGGGCCUGAACAAAGCCUUGGGCUGUUUCUGUCCCAGACAGUCCCAGACCUGCCUCUCUUCCUAGAUGAACAGGCCCAGGGUCUCCCACCAAGAGCAUGACCCACCCUCUCCACACUGGCUUCUUUCCUGGGACUGCAGCAGGGCUGGGCGGGCGCCAUUCUGAAGCCUCCCCUUCAGAGACGGAAGCAGCCCCAGGAUGAGGGCUCCUGGUGAUCAGGAUCAGGAGCCCCGAAGAGGGGCUGAGAAUGGGACGGGUGCCCCCACCCCAGGUGGCACACAGUGGCCUAACCCCAGAGCGGAGACUCCUCCCAAAGUUACCCCAGCAGGACAGGGGCUGCCCCUCCUCUGGCAGCCCCCGGGAGCCUGCACGCUCCCUGAGAGCAGGGCCCCUUACAUGUCCCUCGUGGUCAUGUCCUUUGUCCAGCCCGGUCAGUGCCCACAUUCUCUAUGGAAUGCCAUCCCAGCAACGGGUCAGAGCCAAAGAAAAACUCCAGUAGUUGCUGAAUUACACAAACAGCCCUCAUCGCAGAUUCUAGAAAAGUCCUGGGGGGACAGGUCCAUGGACCACACCGCCCCCUGACCCUGGGGGAGACCCCUCGGGCCCGUUGGCAGGAAACCUGAAUGCAGCCCCACGACAAGCCCGAGGAGGACGGGAGAGCCCCACAAGGAGGCUUCUAGGGUAUUAAACCGCGAAGGAUUAAUGGGUGCAUCCUACAAAAAAUAAAACGUGUGUGCUUGAGUGUCAGCGUCCCGGUAAAUCAUUGAAGCAGCUCCAGAGCUCAGCCUCCACGGGGCUUUGGGGACUGGGCAGUGAGCCCAGGCGCUCCAUGAUGGGGACCUGCAGACAGGAAGAGGGGCCAAAAUCCAGAGACCUGGGGGCCAAGGGCUUGUCUGCCCACUAGGACUGGGUCCUGCUCCCAUCGUCUCUCCCACCUUGCUGGCCCUGGGGAAGGUUGUCACUUGGUUUCCAUCCAAGGGUGGAGGUGGACGGGGAGUGACUGCUGGAGCCGGAGGCAGGAGGAGCCAGGACCUCUCUGCAGGCCAGCGAGCAUCUGCUGUCCUGGCUCUGCUCAGCCUUCACUCAGCAGGACAGCAACUGAGUCUGCGUUGGAACCCUGUCCUUUGCAGAUGCAAACCCAGAGAGGGGACAUCUCAGCUGACGCUGCCCUGGUGGCUGAUGGCAGGAGAGCCUCCAAACGCCUAACCCCUAGCUGGUGUCCCCCUGCCGAACUGGGAGAUUCCUUUAGGGUCAGCUGUGCUGAAAUUGAGGUGUCGGGACCAGCUCUCGGAAGCAGUGUCUGGAGACAGACAGAAGGGCAUGGUUUGGGACCCAGCUCCACAGCAGAAGUCAGAGAAAUCCCAAUGCCCGGCCUGGGACGGGUGGAGAUAGAGGGCUGGGGUGACUCUGGAACUUCUGGGGUUGGGGCCAGAGGUGAAGGCAGGGCUCAGACCGUGUGUGUUUGUCGAGGACAGUUUCUGGAAGCAUCUCCCUGGGUUGUUCCCUUGUCAUCCAGUGGACACACAGGCUACAGAGCCUCGCAGGCUUUGGGGCUGGCAGGCUCAGGAUGUGGGGGAGUCUCCAAGGAGUCAGGAAGGGAGGGAGCGGUCUAGCUGGAAGCCCCCUCCCCUGGGGCUGCAAGGAACUGCAGCGCACUGGUCCCUGCUCUCUGGACAGAAGGGAGACUGCCCGGCGGGCCAGGCGAGCGCCCUGCAGAGGCCAUAUGGAUCACAUUGAGCCACAUUUGCCUUGUGUCUUACAGCUCUUAAAGCAUCUCCCCAGAGCCUGGGACCCACCUGGGGCAUUGAGGACAUCGAGGGCCCGCUUUUAUCAGAAGUUCAGAGAAAUGACGCGUCUCCAUUGAGAAAACUAGUCAGAGAUGAGCUGGGCCUCGAAGACACGAUCUCUGAUACCAAAUUCGUUGCUCAGUAAUGAGACAGGCUGGGACCCCGGACUGUUUACCAGAGCGCUUGCACCUGGACAAACACGAGGGCACACGAGGGGGCAAUCAUGAACAAUGAGCUGCGGAAGGCCACAAACCAACCCCCAGGGCUGAGGUGCGGAAGCUAAAACGGGGCGCUGAGGCUAAAACGGGGCGCUGAGGCAGAUCUCUGCGCACUGCCCCACCCAGGGGGCGGGCAGACUGCCCAAGCUGCCCCCGGCCCCACCCGACCUGGUUAAGGGCCCAGCCCACCCCUAAGAGCCGCAAAGCCGCCUGGUGCUUGUUCCCACUGCGCAAGUGGCAGGAGCUCCAAUAAGCCUCACCUGAAUUUCUCAUCUGGCCUCAUCGAUUUCUGUUGAUCAAAAAGUCCAAGGACUCGGAUCAGUGCUAUACUUGGCGACCACCCUGGUGGGCUGUCCGUGGGGCCUUUGCCUCUUCCCUGGAAGAGGAUGCAGGCACCUCCGGGACCAUCGAACAAGCUUCCCUGAGCGGCCGGGACCCCUUGCUUCAGCUUCUCCCGUUCGGGGAUGCCGGUUCAAUCCUUGGUCCGGGAAGACCCACAUACCAUGGGGCAACUAAGCCUGCACCAACGACUGAGCCCGUGUGCAGCGACUGCAGAGGCCGAGUGCCUAGCGCCUGCGCCGCACAAGAGAAGCCGCCGCAACGAGAAGCCUGUGCACCACGGUGAAGAGCAGCCCCUACACACAAAACUGGAGACAGCUCACCAGCAACAAGGGCCCAGCACAGCCAAAAAUAAAUAAGUACAUAAAUAUAUUU